GAGAACAGCAGAGAGAGCUGCACUGAGCAGGCGCGUGCACCGACAGCUUAUGAAGUCAUAUUGUCCUUCUUUGCUCCAGACUCAAUCGGGAAAAGCAUCGUUUUUUGAACCAUAAAGCUUUCGCUAAACAGUGGGAAGAGAUGGUCUUGUGUUCGGGACUGACAUAACGUUAAAAGGGUGACUCAGUGAACAUGGCCCCAAAUUCCAUCCACUGGUUCCGGAAGGGUCUUCGUCUUCAUGACAACCCUGCGCUUCAGGAGGCAGUGCGUGGGGCAGACACUGUUCGAUGUGUCUACUUUCUGGAUCCCUGGUUUGCUGGGUCAUCCAACCUUGGGGUUAAUAGGUGGAGAUUUCUCCUACAGUGCCUGGAUGAUCUUGAUUCAAAUCUAAGAAAACUCAAUUCCCGCCUUUUUGUCGUCCGAGGGCAACCAGCCAAUGUUUUUCCACGCCUUUUCAAGGAAUGGAAAAUAUCCAGGUUGACCUUUGAGUAUGACUCGGAACCGUUUGGGAAGGAGAGGGAUGCGGCUAUUAAAAAGCUUGCGAUGGAGGCUGGAGUUGAAGUCAUUGUCAAAACCUCACACACCCUUUACAACCUUGAUAAGAUCAUUGAACUGAACGGUGGCCAGCCUCCCCUCACCUACAAACGUUUCCAGACACUUAUCAGCCGUAUGGACCCGCCUGAGAUGCCAGUGGAAACCCUCUCCAACAGCAUUAUGGGCUGCUGUGUCACGCCAGUCUCUGAAGACCAUGGGGACAAAUAUGGUGUGCCGUCUCUGGAAGAACUAGGAUUUGAUAUUGAGGGACUUCCUUCUGCUGUCUGGCCUGGAGGUGAAACCGAGGCAUUAACAAGAAUUGAAAGACAUCUGGAGCGAAAGGCUUGGGUUGCAAAUUUUGAAAGACCCAGAAUGAAUGCCAACUCUCUGCUGGCCAGUCCGACUGGUUUGAGUCCCUACCUCCGUUUUGGCUGCCUCUCUUGCCGCCUCUUCUAUUUCAAACUCACAGACCUCUAUAGAAAGGUAAAGAAAACCAGCACUCCUCCGCUCUCCCUCUACGGUCAGCUGUUGUGGAGGGAAUUUUUCUACACCGCUGCAACCACCAAUCCACGAUUUGAUAAGAUGGAAGGAAACCCAAUCUGUGUGCGCAUCCCCUGGGACAAGAACCCAGAGGCUUUGGCUAAAUGGGCUGAAGCUAAGACAGGUUUUCCCUGGAUCGAUGCCAUAAUGACCCAACUGAGGCAGGAGGGAUGGAUCCACCACCUGGCCCGUCAUGCUGUUGCAUGUUUCCUCACUCGUGGAGACCUGUGGAUCAGUUGGGAAGAGGGCAUGAAGGUGUUUGAGGAGCUUCUAUUGGAUGCAGACUGGAGCGUGAACGCAGGCAGCUGGAUGUGGCUCUCCUGUAGCUCUUUCUUUCAGCAGUUCUUUCAUUGCUACUGUCCAGUGGGUUUCGGCAGGCGCACCGACCCUAACGGCGAUUUCAUUAGACGCUAUUUACCUAUUCUCCGAGGUUUCCCUGCCAAAUAUAUAUAUGACCCAUGGAACGCUCCAGACUCAGUGCAAGCUGCUGCCAAGUGUAUCAUUGGCGUCCACUACCCCAAACCCAUGGUAAACCACGCUGAAGCCAGCCGCCUCAACAUUGAGAGGAUGAAGCAGAUCUACCAACAACUGUCCCGCUACAGAGGACUUGGACUUCUGGCCUCCGUACCAUCCACACACAACGGGAAUGGAAAUGGGAUGGCCUACUCUCCAGGGGAACAGCAGUCUGGGACCAAUACACCAGCACCAGCUGUAUCAAGCGGCUCUGUUGCCAGUGGUAACAGGAGUGGGAGUAUUUUGCUGAACUUUGAUAGUGAAGAGCACCAGGGACCAAGUGGAAUUCAGCAGCA